CUAAGAGGAAACCCGGGGCGGCGUCGGCGCGGCGUGUCCGGGGCGGCGCGGUGAUGGCGCUGCGUUCCGCGGUCCGCCCUGCGCAGCCUCGGAGGCUGGAGGAGCAGGGGCGGCCCGGCAGGGGCUGCUGCUAGCACAUCUGUUCCCCUGAUUCUUGCUGUUGGAGGAAGCCAGUCAUGGGGGAAACAGGCAAAGAAGAGUAUAAAAUACAGUCAUUUGACAUUGAAACUCAGAAGCUGCUGAAAACAGCACUCAAAGACCCCAGCAAUGUGGACCUGGACAAAGUGGCCAAUGUUAUAGUUGACCAGUCCCUCAAAGACUGUGUGUUCAGCAAGGAGGCAGGGCGCAUCUGCUACACCAUCAUCCAGGCAGAGAGCAAACAGGUCGGCCAGAGCAUCUUCCGGAGGAGCCUGCUGAACCGGCUGCAGCAGGAGUACAAGGACAGAGAGGAUUUGCGCAACCGGUCACUGCAGGCAUGGAUCUGCUACGUCACAUUCAUCUGCAACAUCUUUGACUACCUGAAGGUGAACAACAUGCCCAUGAUGGCUUUGGUGAACCCUGUUUACGACUGUCUGUUCCGACUAGCACAGCAUGAUAGCCUACAGAAGGAAGAAGAGGUGGACUGCUUGGUUCUACAGCUCCACCGCAUUGGCGAACAGCUAGAGAAGAUGAACUCCCAGCGGAUGGAUGAGCUUUUCUCACUCCUUCGAGAUGGCUUCCUUUUACAGGAGGGGCUCAGCUCCCUGUCGCAGCUCCUGCUGCUGGAGAUCAUUGAGUUCCGGGCUGCUGACUGGAAGAUGACGGAUGCUGCCCAGAAAUAUUAUUAUAGUGAAGUGACAGAUUAACCCCUCUACAGAGAGGUGGAGAGGUGUCCACAGCACUUUCACCAGCAAGCUUCAUACCAAGUUUUAAUUUCUUUUCUUUUUUUAAGCACUUCCUGUAAAUAGGAUUUAUACUAGCUAGAGCCUCUGGGUAUAUAACUGUCAUCUAUCAGUCUGUGACUGGUGCUAGCCUGAUUUUGGAUAUUUAGAUAGGGGGGCACAUUGAAACCAGCAAGUUCUUCCACUCAUUUUGUUUAAUGAUGGGCUGCUGCCAGCAGAACGCAAGGAAGACUUGUAGCUUAAACCAGCAUUUUAUACAAGUGUUAAGGAAAGCUGAGAGCAUGCUGGUUGACCCAAGAGCCAACACUGCUGAGGGAGGCAAAAGGGAAAUAUUUCACAGCUCACAGUUUCAAACCAGGUUGUUUCGGAAAAGUUACAGAAAAUACUGUGGUCAGAUACAUCACAAAUAGCUCACCAAAUUGCUGCUUUUCACUGAUUACUUCCAGCAGACUGGCAGUAUCUGCAGGGGUGUAUGACUAUGGGUUAUUAGCUACCAAUAUCUGCUGGCAGCUUCCAGCAGGAUAAGGGUUCUCAAGCACAUGUAGCUAGAAACAAGUUUUAUACAAUAACUGUUCUGGGUUUUUUCAAAAUCUAUUAAGGUUUGAGUAUGUUAUGUUUCUUAUGAGAAUAAGAAUGGGAAAGGAAGAAAGAAAGAAAACAAAAUAGUCUAUUGGGUGUUUUUUGUAAUAAAACUUUUCCACUAACA